GCAUGCAUUAAAUUUCUGGGAAAAUUUCCCUGUCCAUGCUGCCUCAUUCCUCAAGACAAGAUUACUGACCUCAGGAUGAAGCUGGAUAGGCUGUGGCAUAAAAGGGAUGUACAAUUGGAUAAUCAUGCACGCAGGAGUACCAUCAAGAGAGUCCAUGAUUGGAUAUUUACCAAGGACACGCCAUUGGAAGCACUGUGA